AUGGUAUCGGCUGGUGAUGCCGUAAUGUCGUCUUUGAAUGAAAUAGUAGGCGUUAACGGUUCAAUUGGAGACACAGUGCAUAAACAAGAUAGAGAUGAAGAUGAGGGUUGGGAAGGCAGCCAUUUGAAGGGCUCUGGUUUGGAACGUAAGAGACUAGCAUGUUCCAAUUGUAGACGAAGGCGUAAGAAGUGUGAUUUACAAUAUCCCUGCAGCAGCUGUGUACGAUUAAAGUUAGAGUGCAAUGUGAACAUGGAGGACAUGAGGAAAAAAAGAUACGCUGCAAGCUAUGUAAAAUCUUUGGAAGCACACGUUGCAUACCUUGAAACAAGAUUGAGGGACCUUGUUAAUAAAGUCCUACCCGAUGGUGAAAAUGUGCUGAAGAAUAUGAUGCUCGGAGAUAUAAUUCCUGAAAUGCGCAAUGAAGAAGGGCGAUCGGAGAGCAAAUCGAAUAGUAUCUCUCGCUCAACAGAACCUGAAUCACUACCCUCAACCGAUGGUACUGGCACAUCUGGAUUGGCAGAUCAAAGGGACUCUAAGAAACGAUCUGCCUCGCCCGAACCAAGUGAGAACGAUAUUUUACGCAAAAAGAAGUUCGUUAAAGGUAGUAUAUAUCCGGAGGGACCCGCAAGCUACAAACCGAAGAAGAAAGAAAGUGUCUCACUGAAGCCUUUGCAGCGUAUUUCUGAUCUGAAAACUACUGUCAUCGUUAGGGCUAUGCAUGAAAACGGGCAGACGCUUAACACACAUCCUGCCAUCUUGAAAAGCUUAUCCAACUUCUAUAAAUGGCUCUAUCCUGGUCAUUUCAUAUUUGUUCAUCGAGAAAGUUUCUUAUAUGGGUUUUUCAAUCAUGGCGAUGACAAUUAUGAAAAUUCGCAAUACUGCUCAGAGGAGUUGAUAUACGCUGUAGCGGCAAUAGGUUCGAGAUUAUCUCCUGAAUUACGUGAGCUUUCGGGGCAGUAUUAUCAAUUGGCUAAGGAUAAGUUGCUUAAAAUUGUGUUUGAUGAACAAAGCACCGCGAAAAUUACAAGCGUGCAAGCUUUAUUGUGUUUAUCAUUUUAUGAGCUGGGCAAUGGAAAUAAUCAGUUGGCGUGGUAUUUCUCUGGUUUGGCAAUUAGGGUAGGUUAUGAUAUGGGGUUUCAAUUAGAUCCCAAAGUCUGGGUCACGGACGAAUCAAGUCCUGGUGAAUUGUCAGAGAGCGAAUUGGAAAUUAGAAGUCGGAUAUAUUGGGGUUGCUAUAUUGCAGAUCAUUUCAUGUGCUUACUGUUGGGGCGUACUUCUACUUUAAGCGUGUCAAAUUCUACUGUUCCUGAAAGUGAUGAGCUACCCGAGGUCGAUGGUACAGAAGAGUUUAGAUUUGAAAGCAAGCACGUCUUACAGAUCUCUUUACCACUUAAGAACUUGGUAAUUCUCUCCAGAAUUGUGCAAAUAUUCACUGCCAAAAUUUUCAUAGAGCCAAGUAGUACGCAACAGAGAAUUGAGUAUUUAAUGAAAUUCAAUCUCAAAGUCUACAACUGGCGGCAAUCAUUACCUGACUUUCUAAAGUGGUCUAAAAACCUCAUUCGCAGUGCGGACGUAUCAACAGACCCAACAAUUUCAUAUUUUUGGUACCACUACUACAUUGUGUUAUUGACAUUCAAUAAACCCUUCAUGGAAGAUUGUGAUGAAUCAAAGAUCGUGGUGCUUGAGGCUCUAGAAGAUCUAAAGACUCUGUUGUCAAAUUUCAAAGCCAAGUUUAGUGGCUACCAGCAUGGGAACAUGUAUCAGCUGUAUAGCUGUCUGUUAGCGAUUACUUGCCUUAAAAAAUUCGAAGCGAUGCUCCCGGACGGCCAGAUCACUUCUGUUUUUGCAUCUCCAGAGAGAGAACUGCGGUUUUUCAACGAUGCCUUCACUGACUUUUAUCCGAGUUACGAGUUGCCCCAUCGCAUGCAAGAGGACACAGAUUUUGAACUUGAACAAGAGAAACAGGCGUAUAAUCAAAUCAAUAAUCUCUCCUAUACACACGAUUUUUCGCUGAGCGACGAGAUUGAUGAUUUAAUCAAACAGGUUUUUGGGUUUGACAAUUGGAAUAUAAACCCUACGCAUACGAUAUAA